AGAGCUUCUCAACGACGACGAUAUCCCAUCAAUCCAUUCCCCGAAAGAUCAUAAAGAAAAGGAAAACAACUCCUCAAAUGGCAGUAUAAAACCCUGAACAUGGACUGCUUCCUUUCCCCUCCUCCCUCUCUCUCUCUCUCUCUCUCUCUCUUGCUCAAGAGAAGGCAGGUCUUGUUCUCAGAUUGGCAGGAAAUGGCACCGGUCACGUUGCCUCCAGGCUUCCGGUUUCAUCCCACCGACGAAGAGCUCGUCGGAUAUUAUCUCAAGAAGAAGAUCAAUGGGCAUAAUCUUGAGCUGGAAAUCAUCCCUGAGGUUGAUCUCUACAAGUGCGAGCCAUGGGAGUUACCAGAGAAGUCCUUCUUGCCGAGCAAAGACCUGGAAUGGUACUUCUUCAGCCCCCGAGAUCGGAAGUACCCCAACGGAUCGAGGACGAACCGAGCAACUCAAUCUGGUUACUGGAAGGCCACAGGGAAGGACCGAAGAGUGAGCUCCCAAAGGCGAGCUGUGGGCAUGAAGAAGACGCUCGUUUACUACAGAGGGCGAGCGCCGCAUGGCUCUCGUACGGAUUGGGUCAUGCACGAGUACCGCCUCGAUGAGAAUGAGUGUGAGACGACGGCCUCCGGCUUACAGGAUUCUUAUGCUCUAUGUCGCGUGUUUAAGAAGAGUGCACCAGGCCCUAAGAUCUUAGAGCAUUAUGGUUCAUCUUGUAAAGGAUCAACUGAGCUUUCACCAACAGUUAAUGGGAAUUGCCAUCGUUUUCCACCUGAGAUUUGCUCUUCCAAGAUGGUUCAAGGAUCCUCACCUAAUGUAAGUGCUUCUGCAGAUGUCAAGUGGAUGCAGUAUCUGUCACCAGAAGCAUUCACCGAUACUCCUCCGUUUCUUGAUCCAGCAUGCUUCCCCUACAUUCCAUCGAAGGUAGACAUAGCCUUGGAGUGUGCAAGACUACAACACAGGCUCUCCUUGCCGCCCUUGGAAAUGGAUGACUUCUCACAGAACAGUCUCGCCGACUCAAACAAUGCCUCGCAUUUGGGUGGCCACCAAGAAAGUGCAAGUCAAGCGGACGUCGUUUUGCGAGAGAUCUUAUCGGUUGCCUCGGCAUCUCAGGAGCGGACGAUGUGCAGCUCCGACUACCCUAAUGUAUUUGCUGGAAGCAGUACUCACUUCGAUGAAUUUGCAUGUCUGUUGGGACUUGAGAGAAGAACAGAAGGCAUGCCUUUUCCUGAAAUAAACGACUUCGGAGAAGAGUUUAAGGAAGAGCAUAAGACAGCGGAGAGUUCAACAGAUGUAAGAAUCAGUGAACUAUCUGUAUAAAUCAGGACUAGCCAUACUGCUUGCCUUCUCAUAUAUGAUUUGGUUCUGUAAGCAGAUAGAUUUAGAAGAUCAACGCAGUAUUUUUUAAGGUUGCAGAAA